AAAAAAAAAUUGAUACUUUGCAUCCUGGAAGUGCAUUUAGAAGUCUGAAAUUAGAAACUUCUUUCAAAUUUGGACAUGGCUAAUCGAGGAGCAACAAGACCAAAUGGACCAAACACUGGAAAUAAAAUAUGCCAGUUCAAACUAGUACUUCUGGGAGAGUCUGCUGUUGGCAAAUCAAGCCUAGUGCUUCGUUUCGUGAAAGGCCAAUUUCAUGAAUUUCAAGAAAGUACUAUUGGGGCUGCUUUUCUGACCCAAACCGUGUGUCUUGAUGACAAAACAGUAAAGUUUGAAAUAUGGGGUACAGCUGGCCAAGAACGAUACCACAGUCUAGCACCAAUGUACUACAGAGGAGCACAAGCAGCUAUAGUUGUAUAUGAUAUCACUAAUGAGGAAUCCUGGGUUAAAGAACUUCAGAGGCAAGCAAGUCCUAACAUUGUAAUAGCCUUAUCAGGAAACAAGGCUGAUCUAGCAAAUAAAAGAGCUGUUGAUUUCCUGGAAGCACAGUCCUAUGCAGAUGACAACAGUUUAUUAUUCAUGGAGACAUCAGCUAAAACACCAAUGAAUGUAAAUGAAAUAUUCAUGGCAAUAGCUAAAAAGUUGCCAAAGAAUGAACCACAGAAUCCAGGAGCAAAUUCUGCUAGAGGAAGAAGAGUAGACCUUACCGAACCUACACAACCAACCAGGAGUCAGUGUUGUAGUAACUAAACCUCCAGAUUGAACUAGCUGAAAUAUUCUGUUUCCUAAAUGUUGUUAA